AUUAAAUGGUCUACCACCAUCAGCCGGCAGUACAGUGAGACCGACAGAGAGAGAGGGGGACCAAUGGCGUCGGCGAUGAUGAGAUCCAGCUUACGCUCCGCUCUUCGUGGCGGUUCCGGCCGUGGAGCUCCAGCUUCCAAGCGCAAUUUUUCUUCAUCUGCGCAUCACGAUGAGGCUCAGGAAGCAGCCAAAUGGGAGAAAAUCACUUAUGGGGGAAUCGUUGCUUGCACUAUCCUCGCUGGUGUUAUUCUUUCUAAGGGUCACCCCCACCAUGAUGAGCCUCCUGCAUAUCCGUACAUGCAUAUCCGAAACAAGGAGUUUCCAUGGGGUCCAGAUGGCCUUUUCGAGACUAAGCACCAUUGAUAAUUCACUACCAUCCUUGUCUGCAUUAGUGGUUGGUUAACAUGUCUUUUGUUAGACGGUUCAAGGCUUCAAACCCGUUCUCAAGAUGCUGUCUUGUAUUGUAUCCAGUACUUGGUUUCUUAUAAUCUCCAUAUAUUGGAAACAAUAAUAUGUAUGUGAUAGCUUGAAUUUACUCAUUCCUUCCAGUUCUUAUGUUUAUUUAAAAUAAAGACAUGCAAUACAUUUAUUGAAGUGACUAUACACCAAGGCUACUUAUGGAUUGCCUUCCCAUUCCUAUCAAUCUCUCAGUUGCGGAACAAAGUUCUAUAUUUAAAGUGUACGCAUGGGAAAAGUGUUAAAUUAUCCAAG